GGCAUAGGCACUCACACUUAACAAUCGAGUUGAAUGUAGAAGAUACAACAGUGCAUGACCAUGAGCCAACUCCUACAUCGAGCAAGAGUCGUGUAAGCGAAUAGAGUACUCCUAAUCAUGAUGAGGUUGAAGAUAUUGUGAAAAUGAAUCAUUGGUAGGUGUUUCCAGAGCAGUGAAAGAAUGGAGUCACGUCGUGGUAGUCAAUCGGAAUCUGAGGAUUUCGAAGGCUUCGGAGAAUCAGGAUGGGGCACGAAAGGCGGACCAAUGUUCACCACGCCAAAUAAAGCGUAUUUUGUUAAGGCUGGCAUUUAACUUGUACUAGAUGUUGAAGUUCGCUGCAUAGCUCAACCACCGCUGGGAACACCAGACCACUUAUAGGGGCAACCACGAAUACCAUUGAUUUAACCAUGAUCGAUGAUGAAAGGCUAGUAACCAUUGAAAGGCUAGCAAUGGUUACAACUAGCUUUUCGUCAUCUAUAAGUAAAAGUAUGUACUACUUAUUAGAAGCAGCUUCGAAUACAUACUUUUACUUCUAGAAUUUCGACGUUCGUUUUUCGAAUUUUUUUUUGAGCUGAAGGUGGUCAGUUGCGACCUUCAUUACAGUCCAUCGACUCUUCAUUAAUAAUCUAAUGUGGUUUAUUUAAACCUUGUCUAAUCUCUGCGGUGGCCACACCAAUGAUCCUGAAACCGAGAUUCGACUGACACAGGUGAUAGAGGAGUUGAUGGUGGAGAAACUGCAUAUGAAAAAAGAGGUGAAAAAAUUGCAGGGUGAACUGCUUGACCGAUCAAAAUUGGCGAAAAAGUCUCUAGGGUCCGGAGGGCAGUUCAAAGGCCACAUGAUCGUGAAUCAAGUGGGUGGUGGUAUUUUUUUAUCCUCGUCAACAUUCAUUGAUUAGGGGAGCAGUGGUAUUUCCAGACCGGACACUCUCGUGGGUUGUAAAACUAGACUCGCACCACAAUGUAAGUGUAUUGUACUUCUAAAUCAUCAUCAGCAACUUCUUCUUCUUCGGCUGGUAGUGCAGAUUCAAUGCGAUACUUUCCUCGAGAGAGUUUGACUUUCGUUGACGAGGAAAUUGUAGUUGGUAGCUCUCAUGGAUGUGGUCACCAUGACGAUCGAGUGAAGCGAUCGCCUCUUUCUACUCCAUCUCUCGAAUGAUUUUCAUGCAUUUUCUUUACUGUGGUUUUUUCUUCAUCAUGAAAUUAAGGUAGACUAAAUGAUAGACUUGGUCUUAAGCAUGUGUUCUUUUUCACCAAAAAUCAUCAUCAGCAACUUCUUCUUCUUCUUCUUACCGCCAGGUGGUAGCGCCUCCACCAGUAUGCAGAACAGCCCAGUGAAAAAACUGACAAGACGAAGCGUGUCUACGAAACAUCUUCUGCGAGACAACUUCUUGGAGCUAAAGGAAGAUAAUCCUGCUGAGUCACCGAACCACAGAUCCUUACAGAUUAUGCAUGAAUUUGCUUAGGUUUUUCUUUCGCACAAAGACAGACUAAGUCGUGGUCGUGAUUGAACUUCAUAGACUUCCAGUAGUACUGGAGUAGCAGUACAACAUUACUGGUUCUCCGUGAUGUGUUUUUUCGCUACCCCUUGUUGGUUCGUAGUAUUUAGUAUCUGAACACUUCAUGAAUACAUACAAGAGGAAAGACCAAUCACUCUCUAACCCAAGGCGUUACGAUCAAACUGCACGUGACUUGGACUCGAAGAUGCAGGAGCUCUCAGAUGCUCGAAUGAGGAUCGAGAGUCUCGAGCUAGAGCUAGUUUUUGCAAAAGCCGAGACAAAGAAGCAACAGGAGGAGAGGGCUAUGAUUAAGACUAGUUUUUAUCUCUAUUCGAAGUGUAAUUAUCACUAUACUUUUUACAAGAUCCCAUGUUAAUUUAUAUUGUAUGCGGAGUGGAGUCCCACUUGAUUUGUAAAGAGGAAACGAAGGGCCAGGGGGGAAAAGGGAAACUCACUCAGCCAGGCGUAGUUGUGAGAAACUAUCUCGAAUAUGAGGAGUGCCGAAGGAAGAAGAGGCUCGACGCCUCAAAAUGUUGGAAGUCAAGUGCGCGAAGAUAACGCAGCAACCGACUUGAGAAUACCAGUGCCAAUAGCAGCAGUUGCAACAGGCGUGCCUGAAUUUUAUGACUCAUAGAUUUACAGAUGUCUUAGGCAAUGGAAUUUCCCUAUCCUAUAGCCAUUUUGGAACGAUUGAGAAAUACUAGAAUUAUAGCACGAAGACAUAGGCACGUGUUGACAUGUUCAACGAGCAUCUUCAGAAAGACACGAAGACACACACUCUUAACAUUUUCCACUGAAAUCAAUAAUUGAAAAUCUCUAAGAUGAAGUACAGCAACCAGGAGCACCACCGGAACCUACGUCUUCGGGUAAAGAAUUUCGCUUGCCACCAAUAGAGAGUCCUCCAAAAAGAGGUCUCUUCAUGGACUCGCCGCCAAAGAUUAAGCCUGAAUUUUCGUUGGAAGUUGUAGUAGUAGAUUACUACUCUUCAUAAGCAUAACCAUAAGGUGGUCAAGUACUCUUCAUAAUGUGCAUCUACUUCUUGCUUAAUAUAUCAAACAGCUCAUCUACUUCAUGGAUAAUUCUAGUAUAAGUUGAUUCUGCGUCUAAAAUCCGUCGUGAAGGCAGGAAUCCAGCACCUGACGUAUUUUUAACGCCUAUGGCCUCGUGGACCCCUAGGGAGAACGAGUGGACAGAGAGGCUACGAAUACAGCAAGAACUGGCAGAGGACCUGGCGACGUCCUUGAAACUCCAGAAACAAGAGGCUGAUGAUAGAACAGCCGCUGUGAGGAAACUUGGGAAGAAGGUAUUUCUAGUUAUGUACGAUUUCGGUUUUGUUUUGUGCUCGGAGAGGAUUUCUACAAAGGCAGCUGUCAUGUUGUAUUUAUCGUUUCUGAGUACAAAUUCCAGCUUACUUUCAAACUUCAGGUCUUCCGAACCCUAGUGGCUACACAAAGCAAGGAAGCUGGAAUUCUCGCUAUCGAACACGCGUUCACGUCGUGGAGGAACUUAGUAGCGUCUCGACGUCAAGCCGCGAGAUUGAUAGAGGUAGACUUAAUACUUAUCUUGUGAACUUCUUUCAAUCAUCUCGUUCUUUUUCUUCGUACAUUGCUUUUCUUUCAUUUCAGUUCCCAAGAGAGAAGUAAAUAUGAGUACACAUCACGUUUAUCAAACAAAGGUUGAAGCCACUGCAGCGAAAGCGUCAGCGGCUGAAAAAAGCGCGCGGAGCGAAGUCGAAGAAACGAGGAGAGAGUUGCGAAGGAUCGAUGAGAAAUACGCAUCAGAUUAUGGCUGGUAAUGAUGAUAGAUAAUCAUAAUGUUGGGCUGUUAGAUAGACGUAGCAAUAGCCUAGUACCUCUACGCAAAAGGACAUUGCAUUCUCUUGAAAUUGUUUGAACCCGCCAUUAAUUCGCAGUGGGUAUCAAUCUGAGAGUAGAACAAGUACUACUACUACCUAAGGCAAGAAGAACUCAUCUGUGGCAACAAGCACCAAGAAUUACUUAUGCUUGUCCAAAUGUAGUCUAAUCUCCAGUCGCUUAUCUCCGACAGCAACUGGAGAAGGUGGAGCUUUCGGAAAAGCAGGCACGCGUAGAAGCAUCCGCGAGUGCAACGAAAGUAGUCGAGAGUUCGAAACUUCUAGUCGAAAGCAACGAGAAAGCAGUCGCCAGCGCCAAAGAGGCAGCUGCAAGUGAGGCCAAAGCAGCAGAGGUAGCGGAAAAAUGUGCGAGUGAAAUAGAGGGUUUGCGGCAGCAGGUAGUGGAGGAGACAGCGACGCGCAAGAAGAGCGAAGAGGAACUUCUAGCUAUGCAGGCAGCAAGGCAAAGAAUCGAAGAAGAGCUGGAGGAAAUGAGGGCAGCGCGACAAAAGAGCGAAGAGGAACUUUUACGACUGAAGAUCAAGAUUUAGAUGAAGAUAGUGAUAUAUACCUAAGAGGAAGCAGUUGUAACCUGAGCGCCAUGAGCACUGCGUUGGAGCUUAACUAAUUAUUGGGCAGUUGUGUUCUCGAAAACGAAAAGUGAAGAUAAAAGGAGGGCUUGGCAAGAAAGUCAUUAUAACGUAAACAUGCUCAAGAUGGAUCUGCCUAGAAGUAGGUAGGCAGAAGUAGGUACUCCAUCAUCCUCAGUUCUAACUCCAGAAGAGAUGCGAAACCGAUAUAACCAGUUGCUCAAGCUAAUGGACUCUUCUAGUAACGAACUGUCGGAGACGAAGAGGAUUGCACGGGAACAGACGCUCUUGAAAGAGAUAGCUGCACUAAAAAAGGAGAGAGGGAUGGCGUGAAUUAUGUAUUUGGAGGAUGGUGAAAAUUUCAAUCUGAUAGGAGUAGAGGACCAUGUUAGAAGUACAUUGUCACUUGUUCUUGCUGAUUUGCUCAGAGACCAUAGAAGUAGGUCACUGCUAUUGUUUGUAAUUCUUGUAAACAUUGAUUAAUUUGCUACUAGGAAGGAGUACAUUGUUAUCAUUCGUAGUGCUUGUAAAGAGAAGAGCAUUGAAUGAUUAGUUAUGCAGUAUAAAGCUGAUGUGCAGUCAUGAUCAGGACUAGGGGUCUUCAACACGCAACUUCUUCAAUUUUAAGUACAUAGUCAUUGGUAGUUUUUGGAAUCAAGUACAACAUGUAGACAACAUUGAUUCGCGAGAAUGUCUCAAUCUUCUGUAACAAACAUACAUCUAGAUUUAAACAUCACAACAUUUCAAUGUGGACUUGUUCGUUUUCGGACUUCCUAAUCAUACUAGUGAAUUUCGAGUACCAGUUGUACAUUAUGAAUACGUGCAGAUUUUCUAGAGUUCGCUGUAAUCCUUCUUCAGGAGAAGAACAAAGCUUGAACAAAGACCGAUACAUUAGAAUAGAACAAACACCGAUACUAGAGUUUUAUUUCCAAAUAAACGAUAAGGAACAACAACAAAUAGUUGUAUUGAUAGAUCAAAUUAACGGGCUGAGCAUGAAUAUGGGGAAACAUUGUAUAAAACUUUGAACUUUUCUUGCAGUUUUGUGUGUGUAAGAAAACUUGACCUUGAUGAUUCUGCCGAAGGUUGAAGAAGUUACGGCGCCACGAGCG